UCCUCUCUGUGCCUCCGCUGCUGGGGGAGGCCGCGCCGCGCCGAGCGGGGCCAGGCCGGGCUGGGCCGGCGGAGAGAGGGGAACAGAGGGGUCUGUUCUCGGUGGGGUUCGGAGCCAUGAGCGAUAUCCGGCACUCGCUGCUGCGGCGGGACGCGCUGAGCGCCGCCAAGGAGGUGCUCUACCACCUGGACAUCUACUUCAGCAGCCAGCUGCAGAACGCCCCGCUGCCCCUCGUCGACAAGGGCCCCUCCGAGCUGCUGGAGGAGUUCCUCUUCCAGGUCCCCAAAGACCGUGGCGCUCCGCCCAAGAGACUGAAUUCACUUCAGGAACUUCAGCUCCUUGAGAUCAUGUGCAAUUAUUUCCAAGAGCAGACAAAGGAUUCAGUCCGGCAGAUCAUUUUCUCGUCUCUCUUCAGCCCUCAAGGAAACAAAGCAGAUGACAGCAGGAUGGCUUUGUUGGGAAAGCUGGUUUCCAUGGCAGUGGCUACAUGCAGGGUUCCUGUUCUGGAGUGUGCUGCCUUCUGGCUGCAGCGAACCCCUGCCGUGUACUGCGUGAGGCUGGCCCAAGCCUUGGUGGAUGACUACUGCAACUUGGUGCCAGGCUCCAUCCAGACUCUGAAGCAGAUAUUCAGUGCCAGUCCUCGCUUCUGCUGCCAGUUCAUUACAUCUGUCACAGCUCUCUAUGACCUCUCUUCAGAUGACCUCAUCCCUCCUUCGGAUCUGCUGGAGCUGAUUGUUUCCUGGAUCUUUGAAGAUCCUCGCUUGAUCCUCAUCACCUUCCUCAACACUCCCAUCGCAACCAACCUGCCCAUAGGCUUUCUGGAGCUCACCCCCCUGACUGGACUGAUCCGUUGGUGUGUGAAGGCUCCCUUGGCUUACAAAAGGAAGAAGAAAGCCUCUCUCUCAAAUGGACAUCCCCCCAGCAAAACUGCCAAGGACUCAACUGCAGGAGAAGACAGAGAUUGCCACCAGCUGUAUUCCAAACUGCAUCUAAGUGUCCUGCAGGUUCUCAUGAUGCUUCAGGGGCAUUUAACGGAGAAGAACCUUUAUGGGCGCCUGGGGUUGAUACCCUUUGACCACGUGGUUCCACUUGUUGAGGAAAUUAACAGACUGUCUGAUGAACUCAACCCUCUUAAUGCAUCCAAAGAGAUUGAACUGGCUCUAGACAGACUGGCUCAGGCUUUGCAGGUGGCCAUGGCAUCAGGAGCACUCUUGUGCACCAGAGAUGACCUGAGAACUGUCUGCUCCAGACUACCACAUAACAACCUGCUCCAGCUGGUGAUUUCAGGUCCAGUACAGCAACCAACCCAUGGGGCUCUGCCACCAGGAUUUUACCCUCACAUCCAUACCCCUCCUCUGGGUUACCCUGCUCACGCAGCUCACCCGGCGCUCCCGGCCCAUCCCGUGCAAACGUUCAUACCAGGAAUGACGUUCCCGUACCGCCCCAUCCGCUAGAGUGCUAGGACUGCAGAGUGGCUCCUGCUCCCCCUUAGCUCAAGGGAGCCUUGCAGAUGAAACCAAAUGCCUUGGGAAGCACAUUUUCCUCUUUGGUGUAGAGCUGAGCAGUGCUUGCCCGAGGGAUCAGCCCUUCAGCAGCGGUGAGGACGUGGGUGAGGAUGAGCAGGCUGCAGUCAGCUUGGAUGUGGGAUGCAGAUCCUAAGGCAGAUCACAGGGACUAAAGGAGGGGCUGGGAAGAGGCAACAGAAACCUGAACCCUCUGCAGCAUGUGGAAUUUUUUUGGACCCACAUUGUUUCAUAUCAUCACCAAGGAUGUGCUCUUCCUUAGUGGUGUUUUUUCAGCAGCCCUGAUCCGAUUACAGCACAGGGAACCCAGCAGCUCUUGCUCCAGGAGGGCCAGGAGGAAAGGUGUGAGAUUUCUCAAGCUGCUCCACUCCAGCCUGCUCAUUACUUUGUAAAUGUUUGUAUCUAUGGCUACAGAGUAUGGUGUACACUGUAUAUUUUUGGAACACAAAUGUUUGUUUCAGAAGCACAAGGUAGAGUAAAGCAGCACUUCCUAUUAAAGGAGACAAUUUAAGAAGCAUAAAAUAAUCCUGCCAUUUUGUCUUGCAGAAAGUCCAGCUUGUUAAGCCUGUGCCAGGGAGGGAACCAUCUUCCAGGCUGGG